GGAAAAAAUAACUCUUUGCGCUACUAUGCAAGCAGUCGGAGCAUAAUUUCAUGUUGCUUUGUGAUACUAAAUCUGACGUAUCAAUACCCCAGUUCAUCAGGUAGAACAGUUAGUCUAUGCGAUAUACGUAUUCUGGGUUAUGGAGCAGAAUACAGACGUAAUGUCGUAUGCGCCAAAAGAAGACAGAACCUGCUGGAUUUGUUUAAGUUCUGAAGUAGAUUGCGAUUCCAUCAACUUGUGGAGUAGACCUUGUCGUUGUCGUGGGGCACUUAAAUGGGUUCAUCAGACAUGUCUUCAGAGAUGGAUUAGCGAACAACAGCACAACAGAGAAACAGACGCUAUUUCUUGUCAGAUAUGUAACACACCAUAUGUGAUAAUUUAUCCCAAUUGUGGGAUUUUGUAUAGUAUUUUACAAUCUGUUGACCAACUUACUCGUUCUGUAUCUUUCAUCCUUACUGGUGGAAUUAUUUUCGGAUCAUUUUACUGGUCUGCUGUUACUUAUGGAGCUGUGACAGUGAUGCAGGUGUAUGGACAUCGACAGGGUUUACAAGCCAUGAGACUUACAGAUCCGCCUCUAUUAUUACUUGGAUUACCAACUAUACCUGUGUGUCUGAUUUUGGCUAAAGCGAUCCAGUGGGAAACUAGACUCCUUAUUUUAUGGAGGAAUCACAUAAGCCGUUUACCUUUUAUUCAGCUAUUUAGACGCAAAGAUCUUCCUACUUGGCAAGUUAAUGAGGCUGAAAUAGAAUUACGCUCAGAAAUAUCUGAUAUACCACGUCUUAUCUGUAGUGCUUUGGCUCUGCCAACAAUAUCUACUAUUCUUGGGCAUCUAUUUUUCCAGAGAGUGCAGUCAGCUACUCGUAGAGUUUUCCUGGGUGGAUUAACAUAUCUUGGAAUCAAAGGUCUGUUGACUGUCUACUAUCGAGAGUUACAAUAUUUUCGAAUAUGCUACAGAGAAGUGAAGGACUAUACUGAAUAAUAAUAAUAAUUAUUAUUAUUCAUAUUUCAUUUCUUUCUGAGCAAUGUUAAUUUCAUUAUAUCCAAUUUAUUUUGUGUACAGACUUGUCAGUUUACAGAUACACUUGCACAAAUUAUCAUCAAAUGUUCUCUUCGAUUCGUUAAAAAAAAGAAGUAAUUCGUAAUUUGAAUGCUGUUUUGCUUUCAACGUCAAAACUGUGUUGACUGUUAAUUCAUUAAGACAAAUUGCGUAGACAAGCAUCAACUUCUGUUCAUUUGGAAACACACCAGUUGACUUCGGAUUUUUCUUUCUUUUUUGGUACUAAGUAUGUUACAAAAAAAGCGAAAUUCGUCAUAUUCUAUUAUUUCUUGUUGCAUACAGAGAGCGCUCAUCUUAGAUUUCACUGCCUACUCGACGGCAGAGAAGAAGUUACAGCUUCUUUACAGACGUCAUAGAUUCAAGAUCCAAUCUUAGACCAACUGCCCGCCAAAAUCCUGUCUUUAAAAACUGAGACCUACGAU